GAGACUUUAGGGGCAAAUAUUUUUUUGGGGUGAUUGGGGUACGUCUCAGGGGCCGCUAACCUGCAGCCAGGAGGGGAGGGGCGGAGCGGGGGUGGGGGCCGUGGGCGGGGAGGGAGCGAGAGAGGGGGCCUCCCAUUGCGGACAGUCUGCUGGAGCCCGCCCUGCUGUCCGCCGUACAACCUCUGCGGCUGUAGGGAGGAGGGGCUGGAAGCCGGCUGCAGUGCGGAGACCCGAAGCUCAGGAGCUGCCUUCGCUGCCGUCGCUGCUGCUGCUGCUGCUGCUGCUGCUGCUGCUGCUGUGGUUGCCGCCGCCGCUGAGCUCUCCCUCUCGCCGCACCGCAUCCAGGUUUGAAGAUGGCUUCUUCUUCCUCCUAUAACCUUGAAGAAGAUGAGAGCCUGAAAGGAUGUGAACUCUAUGUCCAGAAGCAUAACAUUCAACAGCUUUUGAAAGAGUGCAUUGUAAACCUUUGCAUCUCCAAACCUGACCGUCCCAUGAAAUUUCUUCGGGAGCAUUUUGAAAAAUUAGAAAAGGAGGAAUGCAAGCAAAUCUUGGCUCGUCAGAAGCUGAGCUCCCAGUCAGACUCCCAUGAUGAUGAGAUUUCUCCUCCUCCUCCAAAUCCUGUCGUGAAGGCGCGUUGCAGACGCGGUGGUGUGAGUGCUGAGGUGUACACCGAAGAAGAUGCUGUCUCCUACGUGAGAAAGGUGAUCCCAAAAGACUACAAAACCAUGACUGCCUUGGCAAAGGCCAUCUCUAAGAAUGUGCUGUUCUCUCACCUUGAUGACAAUGAGAGGAGUGACAUAUUUGAUGCCAUGUUUCCUGUCACUCAUAUUGCUGGAGAAACAGUCAUACUGCAAGGAGAUGAAGGUGAUAAUUUCUAUGUCAUUGAUCAAGGAGAAGUUGAUGUAUAUGUGAAUAUGGAAUGGGUGACCAACAUUGGAGAAGGAGGCAGCUUUGGAGAACUUGCACUGAUCUAUGGCACACCACGGGCUGCCACUGUCAAAGCCAAGACCGACCUCAAACUUUGGGGCAUUGAUCGGGACAGCUACAGGCGCAUUUUAAUGGGCAGCACUCUAAGAAAACGGAAGAUGUAUGAGGAAUUCCUGAGCAAAGUCUCCAUCUUGGAAUCACUGGAUAAGUGGGAACGACUGACAGUGGCUGAUGCAUUGGAACCUGUCCAGUUUGAAGAUGGAGAAAAAAUUGUGGUUCAGGGACAACCAGGGGAUGACUUUUUCAUCAUUACCGAGGGCACAGCUUCUGUUCUUCAGCGCAGGUCUGAUAAUGAGGAGUACGUGGAGGUUGGAAGACUCGGGCCAUCAGAUUACUUUGGAGAAAUAGCACUGCUGCUCAACCGGCCUCGGGCAGCCACUGUGGUGGCCCGUGGACCACUGAAGUGUGUGAAACUUGAUCGUCCUCGUUUUGAACGAGUACUUGGUCCCUGCUCCGAAAUCCUGAAGAGGAACAUUCAGAGAUACAACAGCUUCAUCUCCCUUACCGUUUAAGGGAGUGCUUCCUUCUUCCUAACCCCCUCCAAUAUCUGCCUGCCUUUAAAUGUUAAUCUUGUGACUCGCAGGUUUGACCUGGGCCAUUUCAUAGCUUUACCAAGUCAUGUAGUUUUUGGUGACUCUUUAUGUUUCUGUCUGAUGCACUGGAGAGAACUGACCAUGUUUAACAUCAGGGAAGACAACGAAUUUGGAUGACAUUCACUUUUUGGCACCUUGGAUGAAUUCUAAGAUUUGUGGCUCACAUAUCUGAGAAUAAAAUACUCACCUUGUGCAUUUUGUUUGUUUUAAGUACAACUCCCCCCGCCCAUUUUUUCCUUUUAUAGAUAUAUUUUAUCCCAUUCAGUCCUUACAGUAAUCCCAUGAGGUAGGGAAUUCAUAUAUUAUUAUCCCAUUUUACAGGCAAGAAAACAGAAGAUCAGCGAGAGUAUUGUCCAAGGUAGCACACCUAGGAAAUGGCAGCUUUCACUGAUAAUCCAUUGCUUUUCCUGCUCUACCAGACUGCCAAAGAAAGAACAGUCUUUUAGCAAAGAGGUAUUGCUCCAACCUGGAAAUGAGAGAGAGUGCUCCUAGGUUUUUUACUUGGGAAGCAGUGAAAAAGGCAAUAGCAUUCCAGAACUGGCCAGUGUUGAACCCUAGGCUAUUUUGUUUGUUAUUUAAACAGGCAAUCCACUUUCUAACUCUGGUUUGCAAAUGAGGGCUUGAAAGGGUGGGUUUGUUGUUUUGUGGACAGCACCUAGGAAUGGUGUCUGAGUUGGGUGGGCCUCCUUAACAUUAAAAGGGGGGAGAAAGACUGUUAAUAAUAGAUGCUUUAGCUUUUCUAUUUUUAACUCCACCAGGAGUUGACCACCUUGGUGAGUAGAAUCUUUGAAUUCUGUUAUCAUGCUAUUCUUCAGAUGGCAUUAUAAUCUAUAGGUGGGAAGGCUUUGUCCUUCUUUCCAGGAAUUUACCAUCUAGUUUGGACAAACUGUUACAAAUUAAAGAAUAAAACAUGAGAUUUCCCCCUUUCCUUGACCCCCAUUUCUACUUGGCUUAGGUCCCAAGAACUCAGCUCCUUAGUCAGGGGAUCACCUGGGAGCUACAUCCCCAGCCAUCUAGUCUCAACUCCAUGAAGUCAAUAAGCAUUUUUUAAAAUUUAUUUUAAGUUUUCAACAUUCACUUUUAUAAGAUUUUGAAUUUUAAAUUUUCUCCCCUUCUCUCCUCCCCAUGACGGUCUUGCCUUCUGCCCUGUCUCCUAUCUACCAUCCUCCCUUUUAUUUCCCCUUUCCCCUCCUGCUUACUAUAGGGUAAGUUAGAUUUCUGUACCUAACUGAUUAUGUGAUUCCCUCUUUGAGCCAAAUCUGAUGAGAGUAAGAUUGAUACAAUGCUCACCUCCCUUCCUUUUUUCCUUCUGCUGUAAUAAAUUUUUGCUCCUCUCCAUGUGAUGUAACUUACCCUUUUCUGUCUCCUUCUUUCCUCUUCUCCCAGUACAAUACUUUUUUUUUACUCCUUAAUUAUCAUCACAUCAAAAUCAACUUAUACGCACACUCUCUGUCUAUGUAUACCCCCUCUAAAUGUCAUAAUAAUGAUACAGUUCUCAAGAGUUACAAGUAUCAUCUUCCCAUGCAGGGAUAUAAACUGUUUAACCUUAUUGAAUGACUUUUUUCUUUCCUGUUUACCUUUUUAUGCUUCUCUUGAGUCUUGUAUUUGAAGAUUGCAUUUUCUGUUGAGCUCUGGUCUUUUCAUCAGGAAGGUUUGGAAGUCCCUUAUUUCACUGAAUGUCUGUCUUCUUCCCUGAAAGAUUUUGCUCAGUUUUGCUGGGUAGUUGAUCCUUAGUCGUAAUCCAAGCUCCUUUGCCUUCCAGAUUAUCAUAUUCCAAGCCCUACCAUCCUUUAAUAAAACUGCUGCAAGGUCCUGCAUAAUCCUGACUGUGGUUCCACGAUAUUUGAAUUGUUUCUUUCUGGCUGCUUGCAGUAUUUUCUCCUUGGCUUGAUAAUUCUAGAAUUUGGCUACAAUAUUCUUGGGGUUUUCAUUUUGGGAUCUCUUUUAGGAGGUGAUAAGUGGAUUCCUUCAAUGAUAUUCUACCCUCUGGUUCUAGGACCUCAGGGCAGUUUUCCUUGACAAUUUCUUGAAAGAUGCUGUCCAGGCUCUUUUUUUGAUCAUGGUUUUCAGGUAGAUCAAUAAUUCUUAAAUUAUCUCUCCUGGAUCUAUUUUCGAGGUCAGUUGUUUUUCCAAUGAGGUAUUUUAUAUUUUCUUGUAUUUUUUCAUUCUUUCCAUUUUGUUUGACUAGUUCUUGAUGUCUCAUAGAGUCAUUAGCUUCCACAGGCCCAAUUCUAAUUUUUAAGGAACUGUUUUCUUCAGUUAACUUUUGUACCUCUCUUUUCAUUGGUCUGAUUCUACUUUUUAAGGAGUUGUUUUCUUCAGUCAAUUUUUGUCCUUCCUUUUCCAAGCAUUGACUCUGUCUUGCAUACCUCUCAUUUCUUUUCCCAAUUUUUCUUCUACCUCUCUUAUUUGACUUUUAAAAUCCUUCUUGAGCUCUUCCAAGAAGGCUUUUUGGGCUUGAGACUAGUUCAUAUUCCCCUUUGAGGUUUUGGAUAUACGUAUACUGACAAUAUAGCCCUCUUCUGAGUUUGUGUUUUGAUCUUCCCUGUCACCAUAAUAAUUCUCCAUGGUCAAUGUUUGUCUUUGCUUCUUGCUCAUCUUGUUUGCCUAUUUCCUGGCUUUUAAAGUUGAGCACCCUCCUGGGGCGCUGUCCCAAGCUUUUUGAGCUGGGGACCAGGGGCCUGGUCACUGGCUUUAAUAAGCAUUUUAAAAGUGCUUACCAUAUGUUGGGCACUGUGCUAAGCACUGGGGAUACGAAGAAAGGAAAAAAAAAAAAGCUGUCCCUGUCAUCAAAGAACUCAUGUUCUAAUGGGAGAGUUAACUUUAAUGUCCACCUAAACCCUCUUCACUAGCUCUUCAUAGCAUGGAGGUGAUUCCCUGGGCUCACAAAAGCUCAUAACAGCAGAGGUCAAAACUCUCGUAAUCAAACCAAGUUGGAAAGUAUAGACCCCCAAAAGGACUCUCUAUCUGUCAUCUAAGAAUCAGCCUGGCCAAGUUCAUAGAGGUUCAUCACCAAAGGACUGGGAACCAAGUGAUGAUUUUUUUUUUUUGUCCAUACAAGGAGCUAUAAUCUAUGUUGAUUAAAUGGAAUACCCAUAUCAAUGGAUUAUUAUUGCUUAGUUUUAGUAAUGGAGACCUCUAUAGAAUCAGUAAUUUUUUAAAUGGCUGAGGUGAGAAGAGGAGUAGCAAAUGGAAAUGGGGAGGUACAUGUGUGUGGCUAGAGCCAAAAGGGUGGCCCGGGUGUUUCUUAGCCCUGAAGAGAGAGAAAUUGGAGACCAGCAGCUCAAAACUACAGAAAUCUGGUCUUUCUUUCCUUGAUGUAACCUCCCUGCCCUCCUUUUAUAGGUGACAGUAUAUCUUUAGAACAUUUAACUUCCCUAAAUGAAAUCUUCAUAUAUUUAAUUAAAUAAUUGGAUUUUCCUAGCCUGACUUGGAAAACCAAGUCUCUUGGAUGCAGAGAAUCCUAGAGUUGGGAAAGAUUUCAGAGGUCAUCUAGUCUGACUUCCUUCCUAAUGAACAAAUCCCUUUUUAGUGCACAAGAGAACAAUUAAUUUGCCAUCUCAUUGGAUUGGGGGUCAAUUAAAAUAUUCUAUGACUAGACCAUGUCCAUUUGAUUGGAAAGAUAAGUGCUUCUAAGCCAAAUAACCAUGAUGUUUAGAGUCUUGACUAAGACUCAAACAUCUAGAAUCUUCAGCAAAAGAGCAUUCUAGUACCAUUCUUCUGGAAACACCUAAGAUCUGUGAUUAUGGGAAACAAAAUUCAAUUAGGAAUCCGUGGCCAAAGACAUCAUUUGUUGAAAAUGUGUGAUUAGCAUCAGUGGAGGGAGCUUUCCCAACAGAAGCUUCCUCCACCGAUGAAAUCACAGGACUCGCCCCUUCACUACAGAAAAACAAACAAACAAAAUAACCCCUUCCUUUGAGAGUGAUAAGUAUUUCCCUUUUCUUUUCUCCAAGGCUUCAUCUUUACAGUCAUAAAUUUUGAAACCCAAUAAAACUACUGUAUAUAUGAAUUUCCAAAUUGAUUUAAUUGAUUUUUUUCAACAAAUUGGUCCAACAGAGUAGAUGUUGCAUUAAUAUAUAGACACCAUUGUGAAAUACUCCUGGGGGACUUUUCAAAAUGACAUCUGGGUGACAUGAAAAUACAAAUGCAAUAAUUCAAUUAACCUAAUUACAUUCAUGAAUGAAUAACUGAGAACUUUCUUUUCAUUGACCAAAGUGAAAAAAAAAAUCUCACUUAAGUUCUGCUUACAUGAGACAACCCUCCAAAAAAAAAAUAAAAACCGGAAAUUUUGAAUCUACUUUUUAAUAUUCUUAAGCAUGAUCUUAGUCAUCUCACUCAAGGUGUUCAAAUGAUUUCAGCAUGUAUAUGUCUGUGGUCUAAUAAGCUAUGUUGAUUGAUAAUGAUGUUCACAAUACUGCAUGCACGAUUAAAUCUGAACAGCUGGAGAUAUUCUCUCUAACUUGCAAUUUGAAGGCAGAAACUUAACAUAGACAAAAACCCUGCAUAUAAAUGUUAUGUAUAGAUUCAUUUGCUUCAUUGUGGUUGUGGUGCUCUCACUUAUUCAGGUUUUGGUGGAUGGAUUGCAAUUCAAAAUUGGCAUAAUUCAGAUUAGUAUUCAAAUAGCCCAAUCAUUCUCCCCAUUGCAUUUUGAUGACUGUUGGCUUGAAGAUGAUAUUCAUACAUAUUUGGUGCAGAAAACAUUUGCAGAAUGAAAAUGCCUAAUCCUAAAUAUUCAUCUCUGCCAAUUUAAUGCAAAAAAACAUCCUUUAUCAUAAAUUCCUUCUAAAGAGGAAAAAACUACAUUUAAAACUCUUGUUGGAUGGGGAAAAAUUUGUAAAAGUGCCAUAUGCCACAGGCCAUUCUUUGAUCUAUAUAACAUUUUGUUACCUUUUCAAAACAGUUGUGAUACUUAUUUGAUUGGUGGCGAGAAAGAGUUAAGAUACAGAUAAUUUAAACACAAUCAGCAUCUCCCUCUGAGCAAAAAUAAUGGUGCUUAGUUUAAUUAUCUUAACCUUUUCAGAAAUAUUUGGUACUGUGGCCAGCUCUGACUCUGGGUCCAGAGCUUGGAUUUCUCCUCCCAGAAUCUCCUUUCCUUGAAUCAAGUUGAGAGUCUCAUAACUGGGUUAUCCCAGUCAUCCCUAGGUCACCUAGUACUAACUAAUACAGAUGUGAAAUGUUGCAUAUGCUUGUCAGAAGUGUUCACUGUGUUGGUCGAUUUUGCUUAAGUGUUUUUCUUUGUUAUAAUAAGGAGGAUUCUAUGGAGGGGGCAGAGAUAUAUGCCAAGAAAUGACUGUGAUGUGAAAAAUCAAAGCAUCAAUAA